CCGCUCUGACCCAGCAUGUGUGCGGCUGAGUGUGUUGUCUGAAUGGGUGGGUGUGUGCCGACAGAGGUGAAUUCAUCUGUUUCUCUGGUUUGGAACAAAUAAAAGAGCUUCAGAAUCCGGAUAUUCACAUAAAACAGCGAUGCCCUGUGUACAAGCCCAGUAUUCAUCCCUGCCCUAUGACAACUACUUCAGCUCUGAGCUCUUGAACUCCGACCUCAGUGCCAAACUGAUGAUGGAAAUCUCUGGCCAAAAGGACCAGCUGUCAACAUCCUCGCUACCUAGCAUCAACACUUUGAUGGGAAAUGGUUACAUUGGGGAGUUUGAUGCUUACUCCUGCAAGAUCACCACUUCCCCUCCUGCCUCUGCGGCCUCUUUCAGUCACGCUGCUGCAGCCGAAAGCCCUAGCCCACAGAUGCAGAACCAAGCCUUCAAGCUGGACGAUGUCCAAGUGUACGGCUGGUACCCAGGAUCCUUUUCUCUCAGCUGUCUUGAAGAAACACACUCGUCAUGUGGCUCUGAUUAUCAUGGAAGCCCUAUCUACGGCGCUGGUUCUCCUCCAACACCAGGCUUCCAGGCAGAGUCGGCAGGUGUCUGGGAUUCCCCUUUCAGCCCCUUCCCCUCAGCCCUCCCGUCCCCUUGUGAGAAGGCCACCAUGGCUCAGCAGUUUUCGUUUUUUACCUUCAGUAAUGCACCGGAGCAGCACUCUCCUCUGGGUCAGCAUCAGGAUGCACCGACUUGUCAAGACGAUUGUUUCUUUCUCUCACCACACCAACAUGUCUCCCCACUCCACUGCCCCACCAUGUCGCUGGAACACGCACAACUGGAAAGCCCGAGAACACUGGAGGGGGCGUUGAUGUCCCCGAAAACCCCUAACCCCGGUUCCAGCGAGGGUCGCUGUGCGGUUUGCGGUGACAAUGCGUCCUGUCAGCACUAUGGGGUCCGAACAUGUGAGGGAUGCAAAGGUUUCUUCAAGCGAACCGUUCAGAAAAAUGCAAAGUACGUAUGCCUCGCCAACAAAGACUGCCCGGUGGACAAGAGGAGGAGAAACCGAUGCCAGUUCUGCCGUUUCCAGAAAUGUCUGGCAGUGGGAAUGGUCAAAGAAGUUGUUCGCACAGACAGCCUGAAAGGCCGCAGAGGUCGCCUACCGUCCAAACCCAAAACCACAGUUGAGGCUUCAUCAACAACUCCCAGCGUGAACAUCAUCGCUUCUCUCAUUAGGGCUCAUCUGGACUCCGACCCAAGCAUCGGAAAGCUCGACUACUCCAAGUAUCAGGAGAAGACGGACAAUCUGAAUGAAAAGGAGGAUGCCAGGGACAUCCAGCAGUUCUACGACCUGCUGACCAGUGCCUUGGAUGUAAUACGAAACUGGGCUCAGACCAUCCCAGGAUUCGCAGACUUCUGCGCAGAGGACCAGGAGCUUCUUCUUGAAUCUGCCUUUGUGGAGCUCUUCAUUCUUCGCGUGGCAUACAGGUCCAAGCCGGAGAAGAACAAGCUGAUCUUCUGUAACGGCCUGGUCCUCCACCGAGAUCAGUGCGCCAACAGUUUUGGUGGCUGGAUUGACUCCAUCAUGGAUUUUUCAGAGAGCCUUCACCGCAUGAACCUGGACAUCUCACUGUUUGCCUGUCUGUCGGCAUUUGUCAUCAUCACCGAUCGCCAUGGCCUGAAGGAGCCCAAAAGAGUAGAGGACUUUCAGAGCAACCUCAUCAGCUGUUUAAGGGAUCACAUGAGUGGAGUUGGAUCAGAAGUGACACGGACACAACCCAACUACCUCUCCCGCCUUCUGGGCAAACUCCCGGAGCUGAGAACUCUGUGUACUCAGGGCCGGCAACGCAUCUUUUACUUGAAACUGGAGGACAUGGUCCCCCCUCCUCCAAUUGUGGAGAAAAUCUUUAUGGAUACACUGCCCUUUUGAACAAAAAAACAACAACUAUAUGUGUAAAAAAAAAAAACAAUACAAGCAAAGGAGGCCAGAAGAAAGACUGUCCACAUAGGACAAUGACUGGUGGACUAUCAUGGCGGAUAUUCUCUAAGAGACCAUUGUGUUUUUUUUUACUAUGACAUUUUUAACGCAAAUACGAUGCAUUUCAUGGCACGGUAAAGGAUCGAUAGCGGUGCCGAAACUGUAUCAGCAUUUGAGGACAUAUUGUCUGUAUGUUUUUUUAUGUGAUGUGUAUAUCUACUUUACUGCUAAAGUAGACGUAUCGGCGUUGGUGUGCUCUGCAGCUUUUAAGAUCAGACUUUCUUAGAAAACGUGGUGCGGUGCUCCAGCAUCCUCUCAGAAACACUAAAUUCUCAGGAGACUGGUUCAUGAUCCCACUCCCGAGCUAACAUGUCAUUGUCAUUUCAGCGUGGACAUAUUGUAGAUUUCAUAAAUUAUACUUCUAUUCGUGCUCUCGUGGAAGGUCUCGGACCAAAGUUUUUAUUUUGAUAUAACCAUUUAUCAGCCUUAUCGCCUUAAGCUAAAGAAAACGUCUGUGCUGCCUUUUUGGAGCAGCUUGUUAAAGCAGAUACUGUUGAAACUCCUGGUAAACUCCUUGUACAGCUGCUGCAGAAAUGUUUUUGUUUUUUUUGUGCGUUUCUAGUGAAAGUAGAUAAUGUGCUGGAUAUAAAUUGAAAGUGCCUUCAUAAAGCCUUUGUCCAAGGAACCCAGUAACUGAAAAUAAUUUUUAAAUCCCGGGACGCUCAGUGGAAAAAGGGCCCCCGUUCACUAUCGACGGAAAAAAACAACCCAUAUUGAAGUGAGAAAUGUACAGCACCCUCCACAAGUAUUGACACUGCCUGGUCAAGAUAUGUAGAAAAACCUUAAAUUAAAUUAGGGUUAACUUAAAAGUAUGUAUAGGUAGCAAGUCUAGACAAAAAAUGCUUACUUUUUGUUCUGGAGCAGUUGUAAGGAAAGCCACUAACUGUGGAGGGUUCUGUAUAUCGGAGCCUCGGCUUCUUUUGAGUUAAAGCGACUGAGACAUGUGUUCAUUCUGUUAUGACACGGUUCUCGAGUGAUGAAAUGUCUGUGAGAAUAUAAUCCUGUUCACAUUCUCUUGCGGCAAUGAAAGUUAUAAGUGCAUCUCCAUCUAAGAUUAAAAUAGAUCCAAGCAGAUGUCCACGUCUUCUUGUCCCAACAAUAAAAUGGAUCAAGUCCUUGG